AUGCGCGCGGGACCAACGCGAGAGAGGCGCCUCGGAGCGCGCCCCGACGGCUUCGAGGGCUUCGAAUGGACGCUGCCGGACCGAAGCACGCUCCGAGCCGCCUCGGCGGCCGCCAGCGGCGCCAUCAGCGGCGGCGGCAGCAGCGGGGGGAGCGUCGGCGGCAUCUUCUCCCGCGGCGGGGGCCCAUCGGGGGGCCCUCCCGUGGGGCGCAGGGGCAGCGCAGGUAGCGGCGGCAUCGGCGGCGGAUCGUCGUCUCCUCGGUGCUCGAUCUGCUCGUUACUAUGCUGCACGUGCAUGCUGGUCGCAUCGGCCGUUAUUCUCCUCACGCUGCUGCUUGCGUACGCGCAUCCGCGACUGCCGUCGAACUUGCGCAUGCACCAGCACCCCCGCGCCGGCCACCGCCUAGCGCGGCAGGCGCAGCUCUUGCGCGGAGCAGCGGUUGGCGCAGGGGGCAUCGCGUCGCGGCUGCGCUCCGCCGUAGUGGGCGUGGAUUUAUCUCCGGACGAGAGCGUGUGGGCGUCGGGGGGCGGUAUUGUCGGGGAGUUGGGGAGCGCGCGGAAGGAGCGCUCGCAGCGACGGAACCAGAUCCAAGGGGGAAAGAUGGGGAAGAUUGCGGGAAUGGGGAAGCAGCAGCGGCGGGCCGGUUUUGAUGACGGUUACGAUGGGUUAGGUAAGCGGACAUUCGAUCGGACGGGCGGAAAACGCGGUGGUUGGCAGCAGCGCGGGGAGGGGGUCCGCGCGGAUGCGGAGAGAGUGGCGGAGGAGGCGGAAGAGGCGGAAGAGCUAGAUGAGGUGGAAAAGGGGAUGCAUUUGGGGGAACACCGCGGAAGUGGGGGUAAUCGGGGGAGCGCAUCCGCGCGGGCAUCAGGCGGGGAGUGGAAGCGGGGAAGCGGAAGCGGAAGGGCCAGUGGUGGUAAAACCGCGAGAAGCGGGGCUGAUGAUGAUGAUGAUGAUGAGAAGGAGGAGGAGGAGGAGGAGGAGGAGGAGGAGAAGGAAGAGGAAGAGGAAAAUAAGGUGAGGCGUGGAGGGGGCGGAGAAGAGGUCACGAACGAGGCGGAAGCCGCGGAAGGGGAUGCGGGGGAGGCGCAUGCGGGGGGAGAGAGGGGAAGGGCGAAAGGUGACAUUAACGAGGAUGAUGCUGUCAGUGUUGUCGGGCGUGAUAGUAACGAGGUCAGCAGCGCCCGUGGUGGUGCCGGUGUACGGAAGGGGAGGGGUUAUAGUAGCGAGGUGGGGAGGCGGAGGGGGAAGGGGAAGGGGAGACGAGGCAGGCGCGGCGUGGGGAGGGGGGAAUAUGAUGUGGACAUUCGGCGGAAGGUAAGCAGGCGGUAUGUGGAUGAUGAGGGGGAGGGGGAGGAGGACGGGGAAGAGGCGGAGGAGGAGGAAGCGGAGGAGGGGGAGGUUCAUGGGGGGAAGCGUGGUAAGGCCCGCGCUGUGGUGCAUGGGGAGGGGGAAGAUGAAGAGGGGGGGGGGAGAGGAAGAGGGGGAUGUGAAGGGAAGGAAAACGCCGAAGGAGGGGAAGAGAGGGAGAGAUAA